AUGCGAGCUGGUUAUUCACCUGGUCAAUUCGGAACAGAACAAAAUACCAUCAUUAUACCACCAGAAAGUCAUGGAAAAAGCAAAUUAAUCGAAUUGUAUACCAAUAUAAACGAAUACGAAAAAUUCAUUAACAGUAAUCAUAUGAGAACAAACAAUUUUCAUUAUAAAUUUUAUCAAACUUUAAUUAAACUUCAUAAAUUAAAAUUACAAACUCAUGAAAUAAACAAACAAUUUUAUGAAUAUUUAAUCCCUAAUCGAUCAAAUACAAGAAUACAAUUUAUAAUGUAUUACUGUACAGCGUUGCUGGACUUUAAUGAACAUUCAAAUGGAGAUUAUGCCAACUCUACGACUACUACUUCAGCUAAAAGAUUUCGACUAAUCGUUCGACAGGAUAUACAUCAGUUUUGUCCUAAAGCAUGUGCAUAUCGUGGAGGUCCAGGAUUUAAUAUUAAGCAUAAAACCGAAUUAAACCGUUAUACCAGUUUGUGUAAUUUCCCAAAACAUUUUAUGACAGUUUCAUCACAACGAUGCAUUGAACAAAAUAAUGUUGGAUUAGUAAAUCUUCAAAGCUUUAAAUGUGAUUGUUCAAAUGGUUUUAUAUGGAAAGAACAAGUGAAAGCAUGUUAUUUACCAUAUGGUUGGCGUCAAAAAGCUGAAAGAUUAAAAUGGAUAGUUAAUACAAAAAGAAGUGAUCAAUUCAUAUACUACGCACAAAAUAAUUGUUCACGUAUUGGAACAAAAUUUAUACAACCUAUAGAAAUUAAUACCGAAAAUUCAAAUAAACCAAAUUAUGAUAAAUUAUAUCAUACUGAAAGAUGUAUUUGUAAAGAUGAAUUCUAUGGAACAAAUUGUGAUCAAGUAUUUCCAAUUAACUAUUGA